CAACCGCAACAUGCUGUCUAACAGCAAGGUGUUUUACCUGCUCAAGACGGCCUUCCCUAAUGUGCAGAUAAAUACUGAGGAACAUGUGGAUUCAUCUGACAAGGAGGUCAUUGUAUGGAAUCAUAAGAUUCCUGAGGACAUCCUGAAGGAAAUAGCUGCUCCUAAGGAGGUACCCGCAGAAAGUGUGACUGUCUGGAUUGACCCGCUUGAUGCUGCACAGGAAUACACAGAGGAUCUUCAAAAGUAUGUCACUACCAUGGUGUGUGUAGCUGUGAAUGGCAAACCUGUGCUAGAAGUUAUUCAUAAGCCAUUUUCUGAAUAUACAGCUUGGGCAAUGGUAGAUGGUGGUUCAAAUGUGAAAGCCCAUUCUUCCUACAAUGAGAAGACACCAAAGAUCAUUGUGUCUCGCUCUCAUGCAGGGAUGGUCAAACAGGUUACUCUGCAGACCUUUGGAAACCAGACAUCAAUCAUCCCAGCUGGUGGUGCUGGUUAUAAAGUUUUAGCACUCUUGCAUGUGCCUGAUAUGAGUCAAGAAAAAGCAGAUCUAUAUAUUCACGUGAUGUACAUCAAAAAGUGGGAUAUAUGUGCUGGUAAUGCCAUCCUAAAAGCCCUUGGAGGGCAUAUGAUGACUCUGAGUGGUGAAGAGAUCAGUUAUACUGGGUCUGAUGGUAUUUAAGGGGGACUCCUUGCUAACAUCAAAAUGAACCACCAAGCUCUGGUCAGAAAACUCCUAGAUUUAGAAAACUCAGGAUAUCAAUAAGCAUUCUUGACCACAGGGUGCAACUUUUCAGGGGUGAAUUGUUCAGCCUGAACUGUUGGAAGCUUCAAAGGACUUGUGGAGACUAUACAUGGUUAAGGCCAUCCUGAACUUAGGAAGUACUUAUGAAGCAUCAGAGACUUACUUUCCCUAUAAUAGGAUGCAAAAUCAGGGAAAAUAGGUUGCUUCAUUUCUCAAGUAUUGUCUUUAUCUUUGAGACUAUUUUCAUACAGUUGUCAUACACAAGGAAUAUAUAUAUAUAUACAUAUAUAUAUAUUUGUGGAUUAAAAUCUAGAGCUGAGUCUACACUGUUAUGAGUCACCAUUUUCACUCAACAAAUGAUGAGUCUACACUGUUGAUACUUUCAUAUAGAAUUGGUUUUGAGGAAGGCUUGGUUUUGUGUAGAUGUUUAGUGUAACUUUGAGGUUGUAUCUUAUUGAAAAUAAAGUCAUUGGUGAUUUUUACUCCUCAGA